UUCCAAACCCACCGACCCCAUGUGAGAUGUGUUUGGAGUUCGUGUUGGUAAAAUUACUCCCGCUAGUCAUGCGACAAAACAUUUCUACGUAAACACGAAAGCUAAUCCGACGGCGUCGGGAGAUCCCAAAAUCGCAGAAACCACGGGAAGCUUCGAAUCUUCUUGGUUCCUGUUCUCAACAUCGACAGGGAUUUCCCAAACCCUCUCAAUCUCCACCACCCCCCAUCACUGUCGUCUCUGUCUACGGCAUCAAUUACCUUCCCUUCGUUCUCCACACAAAUUGCAGUCUCCCAAUCCUCCUUGUCAGCUUCAAUCUCUCCGAUGAAACACAAAUUGAUCCGUCUUUUGUGCCUUUUCAUGCUUGUGAUUGGGUUGUCGGCUUCCACCGGCGAUGUUUCGAGCUCCGAAGUUUCCAAGGUUCGGUUUUCGACUUUAGUUGGAGACGAUCUCAAUGGCUUCAGUCAACCACCGGCUGGGAGGUCUCUAUUGUCAGUCUCCAAUGAGCAUGAUACUGCACUGGUUGCUGCCCUGGAUGGUACAAUCCAUUUAGUCGAGCCUAAAUCUGGGAAAGUGUUGUGGUCAUUUUCAUCAGGACCAUCAAUUCACUCUUCAUAUCAGGCUCCUGUUGAGCAAAGUAAUGAAAAGGAAAAUACUUCCCAACUAGAAAGUUUCUUUAUAGAUUGUGGGGAUGACUGGGCGCUGUAUAUGCAUGAUGCCUUUGGUAAGCGGAAACUCAAAGAGACUAUUGAAGAGUUCAUCAGUAAUACUCCACUCAUAGCAGAAGAUGGAGGAGUUGUACUUGGCUCAAAGAAAACUACUGUGUUUCUGGUUGAUGCUAAGACUGGAAGGCUAAUCUACACUUACAGUUUGUCUAAUUCUCCACCUACAUCACAGAACAAUGAUGAGAAGAGUGUGUUAAAUGGUACUACUUUUGAUGAACUGGAACAGUCUGGUUCAUUGAACCUUAAGCCUGAUGAGCUGCCUCUUUACAUCACAAGAACUGAUUAUUCACUGAAGUCUUUCGCUCUAAAUACAGAUAAAGUUCUGUGGAACAUGACAGUUGCUGAAGUUGGAGCUGCUUUCCUUUGUCAGGAAGUUGAGAAUUCAUUUAGUGGGAUUCUUUCAGAUUUAGAAUAUGGGUUGCCUUCUGAACCAAACAUUCCCUUUAAUAUGCCAUUGCCAUGUCAAUCAAAGGCUGUUGUCUACCGCUUUCGCGGUCCUCAUAUGCUAGGACCCUUUCAUAAGCCUAAUAUGCUACCUGAAGCUCAUCGUCAAGAUAUGAUGCUCCCUGUGUCUAAUUCAAAUCUAAUGCUUGAUUGGCAACCUGAAGUUGAUAAAUCCUCAGAAUUGCAUCAUAAAGAUGAGAGACUCCCACUGCCUGGUCCAAAUCGUUUUCUUUCUUCACAACCUGAUGUCAAUACAUUUCUGGACUCUCAUCACUACAAUGACAUUGAUCUAGUGCCAUCUUUGACUCAAAUGACUGAAAUUUCAGGGAUAUCUGGUAUGCAAGAUGUGAAAAAGCAUCAUAAUGGUGGACUAAAUGUGGCUAGUGUAUUUUCUGUCAUUUCUUUUGCUAUCAUUUUUGUGGGCUUUGUCAUCUACUCUUGUCCUUUAGUGACUAGAAAAGAUGUUGAGUUGAAUAAGCAGCCCGGUGAUUUAAAUGCAAGAACAGUGCCUUUAAAAAGGAAGAAAACUCGGAAGUCAGGAAAGAAUAGUGGCAUUGUUGAGAAGAGGGAUGAAAGCACCUCAUUUGCUGAUGGAUAUGAUAACAGACCAUGGUUGAAACUCAAUCAAUCAAUGGAUGAUAGCAGAGAAGGACGCACGGUUGGUAAACUAUUUGUCUCUAAUACAGAAAUUGCUAAGGGAAGCAAUGGUACCAUUGUCCUUGAGGGAAUUUAUGAAGGUCGUUCAGUAGCUGUGAAACGUCUUGUCAAGGCCCAUAAUGACGUUGCUUUUAAGGAAAUCCAGAAUCUUGUUGCAUCUGACAGACAUCCAAAUAUUGUUCGAUGGUAUGGAGUGGAAUCUGAUCAAGAUUUUGUGUAUCUCUCACUGGAGCGUUGCACUUGCAACUUAAAUGAUCUAAUUCAGAUGUACUCCGAUACCUCUGAAAAACCAACCGUUAUUGAGGAACAAGCUAUGGAAGCCAUGAUAGAGUAUAAAGUCCGUUUGAAUUCAAUGAAGGGCGUUAUGCGGGAUGUUAAAUUGUGGAAAGAAAAUGGCUAUCCUUCACCUAUAUUAUUGAAACUGAUGAGGGAUGUGGUUUCUGGACUCCUGCAUUUGCAUGAACUAGGAAUAAUUCAUCGGGACUUAAAGCCUCAAAAUGUGUUGAUAAUUAAAGAAAGAUCUUUAUUUGCAAAGCUCUCUGAUAUGGGUAUCAGCAAGCGUCUUGUUGGGGAGAUGUCUUCCUUGGGCCAUCACGCUACUGGUUAUGGCAGUUCGGGAUGGCAAGCUCCCGAACAGCUUCUCUGUGGACGCCAAACACGUGCAGUAGAUAUGUUUAGCCUAGGCUGUGUUCUUUUUUACUGCAUUACUGGUGGUAGACAUCCAUUUGGUGACCGUCUUGAACGUGACAUCAAUAUUGUGAAGAACAAAGCAGACCUCUUCUUAGUGGAGAAUAUUCCAGAAGCCAUGGAUCUGUUCUCUUGUUUAUUAAACCCUAAUGUUGAAUUAAGGCCCAAGGCGUCAGAGGUGUUUAAUCAUCCUUUGUUUUGGAAUUCUGAGAUGAGAUUAUCAUUUUUCCGUGACACGAGCGAUAGGGUAGAGUUGGAAGAUAGGGAAACUGACUCUGAUCUUUUAAAAGCAUUAGAAAGUAUAGGUCCAGCGGCUUUAGGCACAAAAUGGGAUGAAAAGAUGGAAACUGCAUUCAUUAAUAAUAUUGGACGGUACAGGCGCUAUAAGUAUGACAGUGUUCGUGACUUACUGCGAGUCAUGCGGAACAAGUUGAAUCAUUAUAGAGAACUUCCUGUCGAAAUUCAGGAAAUUCUCGGACCAGUUCCUGAAGGAUUUGAUGGCUAUUUCACAAGUCGGUUCCCAAAAUUAUUGAUUGAAGUAUACAAAGUUAUGUACAAAUACUGUAGGGAAGAAGAAUGCUUCAACAAGUACUUCGAAAGCAAUAUAUAGUUUGAGUCGUUGCUCCAACAGACCGCUUUAGAAAAGAGUAGAAAACUUGCACACUAAGGUAAUAUCGUAGUGGCUGGUGGAUGAUAUUUGAUGUUGAUCGCUCUAUCUCUCAUCACGUGUUAAAUUGUGUAUGAAUGUAAAUGUGGCUGUAACUGAAUGAUGUAUGAAGUGCCCAAUUAAUCUUAUUAACUUUUAUUAUAAACCCUUGUUUUCGUUUUUGUUUUC